GUGUGAAGUAGAAUUAGUUUUUGCUGGUGACCAGAAAAUGUACAAAUCGACAAACACCUAGUUUGUGUAAGACUAAGAGCAAUUAAAUGAGAGAAGAGGUAUUGGAUUGCAGAUUUCUUUCACGAUGCGUCUGACGUUCAACGAUAUCUCGUUGAGUAAGGAGAUUGGAUGCCACGGUGGUGGGUGCUUUUCUUAAUGCUGAGAUGGAUGUCUAUCAGGGCUUCGGCAGACUUCGGAACAGCUAAAGAGUACUUAAGAGAAGCCAUCGCUAUCGCCGAGCGACUUGAAGAUCCUGUUGCCGUGGCAGAUCGCCAUGGGGACUUGGGAACCACUUUUCGGUCGGAGGGGCGGUUCACCGAUGCCCUUACCCAUCAGAAAAAACAGUUUGUGUUUGCAAAACAAAGAGGUCCAGACGGACAUGCAACAGAUAGACGACACUCAUGUCCUCUUCAACAUUUUCAAUGCGGCUACCAUCAACCACAUCGUUGUCUUCCUGACCGGGACCGGAGCGAUUCCAGAGGGAAUGGGCGGGGCCAUCUACUUCAGUUGGCCGUCACCGGAGGGCGAAAUGGUCUGGAUGUUUCUCGGUUUCAUCACCAACGAAAAGCCAAGUGCCAUUUUUAAAGUAGUCGGCUUGAAGAAAGGAAGUUCUACAAACAACUCAUUCAUGCAGUCUAUGCCUGUACAGCAGCCGAUGAAAACGAUGUCACAGAUUGGAAUCUCUGUGGAACCCCUUCACGUUAUCCAGCAUCAGAUACCAGCAGAAACUACCCAGACGUCGACUUUGACCAGCUUCUCAGAGUUCUCCAUGAAGAUGUUGGAGAACUUCUACGACUACGCCUCGUCGUUCGAAAUAAACCAGUCGCAGAUGACACCCCAGCCAAACAUCAGCUGGAUCCCCAUGACGGUCCUAGAUAAAUGGUUUCAGAACUUCAAGAAUAAAAUGGCGCAGGAUCAGAACUUUUGGAGGAAGUAACUGUACUUGUGUAAUUUUUGUAUUUUAACAAUUUUAAGAUUUGGGUACUUUUUGUAACACAAAACAUAAUGUCCACAGA